ACAGGGUCCUACAGGCCCACACGCAAGCUAUGAUGCCUUGCUUAGUCUUAUAUAAUUAUUCUAUGUCCAAAAGAUUAUUGUCAACCACUUUGUAUAACAGAACAACUCAAUAGCUAAUCAAUACUUCCUAAGUUUAUUCUAUAAGUUCCUAUUAACAUCUCCCAUCAAUAGUUACUUGUCACCACCCAACCGUUGUUAAAAGUGAUGGAAAGGUGUUUCACUGAUUGAUCAUCUCCCGCGGGAUCUCUGUUUCUUUGCCUUCCACCAUCAACCAUCCCCCCCCUUGGGAUCGCUUCCCCUCUUUCUGUCUCUCUCCAUUUCCUCUCUCUAUAUUCUUCUAUCUCCACCUCAGCUCCCAUCUCCUCUCAUUUUCUAAGCUUCAAAUCUCUCUCUCUCUCUCUCUCCAUUUCCUCUCUGCAUUCUUCUACCUCCACCUCAACAUCUCCUCUUAUUUUUUAAGCUCCAAACCUCUCUCUCUCUUUCUCUCCAUUUCCUCUCUUUAUAUUCUUCUAUCUCCACCUCAAUUAUUUUCUAAGCUCCAAAUUUUUUUUUUCUUUCCUUGAAUUUGAUUCUAUGGGCUACCUUUCGUGCCGGGCGGAGUCCUCCAUAAUCACCUGCCGUUCCAUCUCCUCCCUCAACCCAACGCCCACCCACAAGACCCAAAGGAAGUCCAAAGACAAACAUAAAGAAGACGGCGGCGACGACGCCGACGAUGGACCGUCCUCCAUCCCCGGCCCGCGCAUCCACCAUUUCACCUACCGCGAGCUGGAGUCCGCCACCGGCCACUUCUCCGACACCGCCCUCCUCGGCCGCGGCAGCCACGGCGCCGUCUAUAAGGCCGUUCUCCCCGGUGGCCGCCCAGUCGCCGUCAAACGCCCCUCCCGCCGCCCGCUGACCCCCUCCCGCGACGAGGUCGAGAACGAGAUCCAGAUCCUCUCCUCACUCCGCGGCCCCCGCCUCGUUAACCUCAUCGGCUUCACCCCCUCCCCCUCCGCGGCCGCCGUGAGCCGCCGGGAGCGCCUCUUGGUGGUGGAGUUCAUGCCCAAUGGGACUCUGUAUGAUCUCCUCCACUCUAAUCCCCGGCCGCCGGGGUGGGCGCGGCGCCUCCAGCUUGCCCUCCAGACCGCCAAGGCCCUCCUCGCCCUUCACUCCGCCGAUCCCCCCGUCAUCCAUCGUGACGUCAAGUCCGCCAACGUCCUUAUCGACCGCCGCUUCAAUGCCCGCCUCGGCGACUUCGGCCUCGCCCUCCGUGACGACUCCGCCGCCCUCUUCUCCGCCGCCCGUGCCACCCCCCCGGCGGGGACCCUCGGCUACCUCGACCCCUCCUACGUCACCCCGGAGAACCUCAGCACCAAGACCGACGUUUUCAGCUUCGGCAUCCUCCUCCUCGAGAUCAUGAGCGGCCGCAAGGCCAUCGACGUCGCCCACUCGCCGCCGUCCGUCGUCGAAUGGGCGGUGCCCCUUUUGAGAAAAGGCAAGAUCUUGGCGCUCUACGACCCGAGAAUUGCCCCCCCGAAGGAUCCGGCGGGGCGGCGGCAGCUCGCAUCAGUCGCAGCCAGCUGCGUCAGGUCGUGCAAGGAGAAGCGGCCGCCGAUGCAGGAGGUGGUGGAGCAGCUCAAGGUCCUCAGCAAGACGGUGCCUUUGAGAGCCUGGAACGGGCUUUCGGUUGGCAAUCCUUGCUCGGUGGUCGAUACUGAGAGGACGAUCUUGAAGCUGAAUCCGAAUAGCCUGAAUUUGGAUCGGAAUUUGAGUUCGGUGUCGAGAUGGGCUAAAGAUGAUGAGCAGGAUGCCGAAGAAGAAGAGAUGCCUGCUGGUGUCAAGAAGCUGCCUUCUAUAGUAAAAGAAUCUCGUCCUUCGAGGAAUGCAAGAAGGGUGUUCUCGGAUGCGAGCACCAGGGGAACCAGGAAUCUGAUGGAGCUCAUGGCUCGGACUAAUGGUGAACCUAUCAGUGGAGUGCUGGUGGGUGGGAGUGGUAGCCAAAGAUCUAUCAUCGGCAGAGCAAGGACGGUGCAUGUUGCCCGCGAAUUUUAUGAUAGAGAUGCAAUGCUGCGGUUGCGCAGGAACCAAAGCAUGAGGGGAGUCCCAUUGGAAGCAUUUUCGAGAUUGGAUGGCUUGGAGAAAUUGGAAGGAAAAGUUUGUGGUCGAGCAGGAGAUCCAAUUCGAUCCGAGUCUGGUUGGUCAAAAACCAAUUGAUUAUUACUGUUGAAUCAGAAUCAUUGUAUUUCUUGGGAAAAAGAGCUUGAGAGUUCUUCUCUCUGGCAUUUCCGAUUGUUGUAGAGUUUAGGGAUGAUUAAUUUACAAGUGCAUUUGGGCAUGCCAUUUUGCUAUCUAGUUAAGCAUGCAUGCAAGUCCUAGGUUGGCAUUGCUACCUCCGAGUAGUUUUGUCUGACAUCUUUACAUCCUUGUAUCAAGAAAUGUGUCCUGGUAAAUUUACAUUCUUUUGUGUUAUGUAGCUCGUCUAAAUAUCUUUUGAAUAGAAAUAUGAAUAGUCUCAAAUUCUU